CGUAGAACCAGGUGGAGAGAAGAAGAGGUGUAGAAAGUCAGGUUACGAAGUGUGUCGGUUCGCUCGGUGUGUCAUUUGACCGGAUGAUAUUACAGUUAAAUCAAGUACUAAUUCAAUCACCUAAAUUUCGAAAAUGAAAAAGAUCUUCCUUUUUAUUUUGUUGGUGUUGCCAGCGGUGAUUCUGACUUUCGAUAAUGGUGGUAAGAUGCUGUCAUAUGCUGAAGAGGAUCCCCUGGAGGAUGAGGCUGAGGUUGAAGGAGAAAAUGAGGUUGAAGUAGAGGAAGUUGGCGGGACUGAGGAGGAGGAAGAGGAGAGUACGACCACGGCUUCGCCAGAUGCGGAUACUACACUGUUGUUUGUCAAGCCCGUGUCCACUGGAGCUUCUCAGAUGGAAAUACCGGCAGGCUUACCAGUGGAGUUCCUGGUGGGUUUCCGCAACAAAGGCGAUCAGGACUUCGUCGUGGAAACGCUGGAAGCCUCCUUCAGGUACCCCAUGGACUUCAACUUCUUCAUUCAGAAUUUCUCAGCUAUCGGCUACAACAAAAUUGUAGCGCCCGAACAAGAAGCCACGUUACACUACAGCUUCGUUCCGUCGGAAGCUUUCGCCGGCAGGCCUUUCGGAUUGAACAUCAAUUUGGCCUACAGGGAUGCCGGCGGUAACUCGUUCCAAGAGGCCGUGUUCAAUGAGACUGUGCAGAUCGUGGAACUUGAAGAAGGUCUGGAUGGGGAAACGUUCUUCCUUUAUGUAUUUUUGGCUGCCGGUGUCGUUCUUCUUCUGGUUAUUGGACAACAGACCUUGCUCUCUGUGGGAAAGAAACGAAGCGGUGGCAGCAGGAAAGCGGCCCCCGUUGAAACGGGAACUAACAAUCCCAAUAACGUCGACUACGAUUGGCUGCCGAAGCAAACCCUCGCUAGUUUAAACAAGGAAAAGUCGCAGAAAUCCCCGAAGGCCACCAAGCAGAGUCCCAGACAGCGCAAAGUCAAGCGCUCGGAAUAGUGACUCGCACAGACUGAUCAAACAAUGAACUUUUUUCCAAUUCAUCAGCAUUUCAUUUGUACAUUGUACAUCCAAGUGAUAAACUGACAUCUGAACCAUCAAUAUUUAUGUAUGUUGCGGUUAGUUGUUCAUUAUUAUUUAUAAUUCAAAUAUCCCGUGUUGUGACCUUUUAUUAAUUGUUGGAAUGUCGCAGAUAAAUAGAACAAUAUAUGUAAAUACUGAGAUCUCACCAUAAUGGUGGUACAAAGAUACGAAUAAAUCGUAAUUUUUUAUAAUUA